AUGGAAGACAAGGCAGAUGCAAAGGGACUGGAGCAGACGUUACGCCAACUUCUCGACCGCCGGCGCACCCAGACAACGCUCCGCAACUUGACGCUGCCCAAACCAAAUCAAAUUGAUUUCUCAUCCAACGACUUCCUUUCCCUGUCUACUUCGCCACAACUCAAAGUUGCCUAUGUGGAUGAGCUUCAGAAAGCUUCGUUGCCGUUGGGUAGCGGCGGGUCACGACUUCUUGAUGGCAACUCGACUUACGCAGAGGACCUAGAGCGGGACAUUGCUGCUUUCCAUGGCGCCGAGGCCGGGCUGCUGUUCAACAGCGGAUUUGAUGCGAAUGUGGGACUCUUUUCUUCGGUGCCACAGCGGGGUGAUGUGAUUGUCUACGAUGAGCUCGUACAUGCUAGUGUGCAUGAUGGCAUGAGGCUUUCAAGGGCUGGCACCACAAUACCCUUCCAGCAUAACUCGGUACCCGAGCUGCAACGAGUUCUGCAGCAGCUCCAAGCGGAUCAUCCAGGCGUGCAAAAAGGUACUUGCAACGUCUUUGUGGCUGUGGAAUCGAUUUACAGUAUGGAUGGCGACGUUGCGCCCCUGCAAGACAUUGUAAACGUAGCUGAAGACGUCGUGGGCUCGAAGCGAGUGUACAUUGUUGUCGAUGAAGCUCACUCAACAGGUGUACUUGGCCCGCAAGGGAGAGGCUUAGUGAGCCAUCUUGGCCUCGAGAAGCGUAUCUUUGCAAGGCUGCACACUUUUGGGAAAGCCUUGGCUGCCAAUGGCGCGAUCCUUUUGGGCUCGGAAACACUGCGACAUUACUUGAUCAAUUACGCACGCCCUCUGAUUUACACAACUUUUCUGUCUUACCCACUGCUGGCCCUCGUCCGCUCGGCCUAUUGCGUGCUUCAAACGGGGCAGAGCAAUCCGCUACAGGCACACCUGCAUGAACUCAUUCAGACGCUGUAUGCAGAGCUCAAAGGCAUCCAGGAAGCUUCUGAAUACGCGUUGUGUGCACUGAAGAUUCCGUCCACAUGCCCCGGAUCACCCAUAUUCGCAGUGCAAUUGGUGAACCCAAGAGCACUUGCCAGUUUCUUGCAGAACCAAGGCAUGAUGGUCAGAGCGGUUGUGUCACCGACCGUACCAGCAGGUACCGAAAGGGUCAGGAUAUGUUUGCAUGCUGGUAACACUGUGGGCGACAUCAGGAAGCUUGUACUAGCGCUGCAGAGGUGGUGUAAAGAUCGGGCCAGAGAGGCACUGGAAGGUGAAGCUGUGAAUAAAACAGCGAGCGCCAAGCUCUGA